AUGACUACCCUUGAACCUCGCCAACCUUACACCGACGCCGAGCUGCGCCAGCUGUACCCUCCACAGCUCAAGCUCCAGCUCGUGCAGAUCCUCCUCCGCCAUGGCGAACGAACUCCCGUCACGUCUCGAUUCUCCAACACCGGCCUUCCAGAGUACUGGCCCUAUUGCAGUGUCGUUCGCCACCUCCGAGAUGCUGUUCUCGACCCGGACACCGGUAAAUACUCAUACCUUGAUUGGAAGAGGCGUCUCGAGGGUUUCGCUUCUCAUGACAAUCCCGUAAUCAUUACCGGCCCCAAUGGCGAGCUUGACGAUAUCUGUGAUCAUGGCAUGCUUACGGACCGCGGCCGAGAAACCACGCACCACCUUGGAAGACGUUUUCGUGAUCUCUACAUCGAUCGGCUCGGCUUCUUGCCUGCAGACCUUACCGACGCGGAGUCUCUGUACCUUAGGUCUACGCCGGUCCCGCGAGCUCUGGAGUCUCUCCAACAAGCCAUCUCUGGCCUAUAUCCAGCCAGGCACCGGGCUCCUGAUCUCCCCGCGCUCACAAUUCUAGGGCGCGUACCACCAGACGAGACUCUCUUUCCCAACGAAACCCACUGCCGGCGAUUUCGUAUUCUCGCUCGUGCUUUCGCUCAGCGGACUGCCGACCGAUGGAACAACACUCCAGAGAUGGCUUACUUGAAUAAGAAGCUCGGGAAAUGGAUGGAAGAGGGUCAACCCAUCGCAGUCGAUUCUAAGCCAAGGUUGAGCGGUAUCAUGGAUACCAUCAAUGCAUCACGCGCACACGGCCCGAAGACGAAGCUACCCUCGGAGUUUUACGAUCCCAAGGUACUUUCCAUCAUCGAGAGAAUUGGCGUAGAAGAAUGGUAUAGCGGGUACGGCGAGAGCCAGGAGUAUCGCACGCUUGGCAUAGGUGGCUUAAUGGGCGAUAUUGUUGCUCGUAUGGUCGGAAGCGUCGAACGCAGUCCGGCAGACGGAGCAUACGAGAUCAAGCAAGCCAGUGCUGAAGCUCCCAAGCCUAUCAGAUUUGGCAUGAGUGGCUGCCACGAUACUACCCUCGCGGGUAUACUAGCCAGCCUGGGUGCCUUUGGUCCAGACAAAUGGCCUCCUUUCACAAGCCAUGUCGCUGUUGAGAUGUUCCGCGAUUCCAAGGUCCCGCCGAGUCAAACGCAAACACCCAAGAAUGGGAGAUGGUUCGGCUCAUGGUUCUCCGCCGGCCGUGCUAGCACAACGGCGCUUGGUGCGGCUCCGCCAGGCAUUGGUCGUAAGCCGACCCCCGCAUUGACAGAUGCCGAGAGGAAGCAGCUAGAUGGUUACUAUGUGAGGGUUCGGUACAAUGACGAACCGGUGACUAUCCCCGGCUGCAAGGCUGCCGGCAACCAUCUUGAAGGCGAUGAGUCCUUUUGUACUCUGGCCGCUUUCAAGUCUAUUGUCGACAGGUACACACCUAUUGACUGGAAGAACGAGUGCCGUGGGAACAUUGAUGCGUCCGCCUUCCCGGUCAAGCCGGAGCCGGCAGGAUAUUAA